AUGUCUCAAUUCACCCUCGGUGCCAACAAACGAUAUGGCAACCCAUCCGGGCCGACCUUCUUUAAGCCGAAAACCGGGCGGCUCUUGAUUCCCUUGAUGGCCACCAUCGGUCUCGGGUUCGGUGCAUACAACUACUACACCGAGGCCAAGAUGCGAAGAGAAACCUCCGUUCUGGAGGAGGAGCUACGUCUCGCGCGGAACCAACAGUUAAUGGACGCAUAUGGCGAUAAGAACAGUCUGCACGACAUCCAGCAUGCUCUUGACACCUAUCACGCCAAAUAA